AGUUUUUCUCUAAAUACCGAGUGGCUCAGUUCACAAUGAGCGUUUCGCGAGCGUUCAAAGUACUCGUCUCGCAUCCACAGGUGCCGGUGGCGGCGCUGCAGUUGCUCCGCUCUCGCGGCGCCGAGACUAUCAUCUGCCAGAGUGUGCCGCCCAGCCGCGACGAGAUACUGGAGAAGGUGGGCGGUGUCGAUGCCAUAUACUGGGCACACUAUCAGCCGCUGAAUGCGGCCAUUCUCGAUGCAGCCGGGCCACAGCUGCGAGCUGUCAGCACCAUGUCCUCGGGCAUUGACUUUGCGGACGUGGAGGAAUUCAAGCGUCGCCAGAUUCCAUUGGGCCAUACGCCGGGCGUGGUGAAGAAUUCGGUGGCAGAUCUGGCCAUUGGCCUGAUGAUUGCAGCUGGUCGACAUUUUCAUGCGGGUCGCAGAGACAUUGAGACCUCUCAGUGGCUAACGGAGCAAAUUGAUUGGCGUAUGGGCGUGGAGAUUCGGGAUUCAGUGGUUGGUUUCUUUGGCUUUGGUGGCAUUAGCCAGGCCAUAGCCAAGCGCUUGCAGUGCUGGGACGUGGACAAGAUAAUCUAUACGACCCGGAAUCGCAAAGAAAACGAUAUAGACUACAAGGCAGAGCACGUGCCCUUCGAACGUCUGUUGCAGGAAAGCGAUUUUCUGGUGGUUGCUGCACCACUCACCAACGAAACGCGUGAGAGGUUCAAUGCCAAGGCCUUUGCUCAAAUGAAAUGCAGCGCAGUGUUUGUCAAUGUGGCCAGAGGAGGUCUGGUUAAUCAGGUUGAUUUGCAUAAGGCCUUGAGCAGUGGACAAAUCUUUGCUGCGGGUCUAGAUGUAACCACUCCAGAGCCCUUGCCUGCAGACAGCCCCAUUCUUAAGCUGCCCAAUUGUGUGGUUCUGCCCCACCUGGGCACGCAGACCAUGAAGACAACCAUUGAAAUGAGUCUCCUGGCAGCGAAUAAUAUUAUAAAUGCUAUCGAGGAUAAGCCCAUGGUUAGCCCAGCUUAUUGAACUGAGCCGAAUCGGCAUAUGAAAAUUAUGUAAGUGCAAGU